AAGGGCGUGAAUAAGAAGUCCAUGGAGCCUGGCUUGAGGACAAGAUUCAGAAAACGUUAUCAUUUGAUGUUCUCAAGUGCUCAGACUGGAUUUAUGUUGCUAAGAUUAUCUAACUUGACCUUUUAAUUUGCAUGUUAUUAAUCAGAAGAUUCACAUGCACAGGAAGACACCAGUUGACUAAGAUGGCAGGUGUUGUUCAGAAUCACAGCCCAAAGCGGCCAGGAGUAGGUCUCGGAGUACUGGUCACUGAUUCCUCCUACCCAGGAUGUGUGCUUCUAGGAAAGAGAAAGAGCUUGGUUGGGAAAGGGCUGUACCAGUUACCUGGAGGUCACAUUGAAUUUGGUGAAACAUGGGAGCAGUGUGCACAGAGGGAGGUGAUGGAGGAGGCCGGCAUUCAGUUAAAGAACCUCCGGUUUGCCUCCGUAGUGAACUCCAUCAAGCUUGAAGAAAACUAUCACUACAUUACACUCUUCAUGCAAGGAGAAGUGGAUACGGACUUCAUAACAUCCGAGCCAGUGAAUAUGGAACCUGAGAAAAAUGAGGGUUUGGUGGUCAUGGAGAGCCUGGGACGACUUUCCUCCUGAGGAGCAGCUUUUCUUACCACUGGCCAAUCUCCGACAGCAGCGUUUCCAUCCUUUCAGGAAGAUUUAAUACAGUCAAGGAACCGUUGACACUUUCAUCCCCUGCUAGCUGAAAGGCCCGAAAGGGGGAUUAUGUCGUGGCAAUGUCCGUCUGUCCGUCCCAGGAAGGGUGCUCACCUUCUGAAAUCAACUCCUCUCACAAUCUUUGGAGGAAUUUCACAAAACUUUGCAGGAUUCUUUGUUAUAUGUCAUUAAUACGCAUAUUUCAAUUUCAUUCAUUCUCAUGUCAUUAUCUGUAGCCGCUUUAUCCUGUUCUACAGGGUCGCAGGCAAGCUGGAGCCUAUCCCAGCUGACUACGGGCGAAAGGCGGGGUACACCCU